AGAGCCCUAUUUUUUUUCCAAAAUUUCCCUUCUCUCACACCUGCUCUUCUUUGGUCUGCUCUUCAGGGUUUUAUGAUUUCUGGCAAGGAGGGCUUAAAGCGGUUAUACCGGAUUGCAAUUGAGUACCAGCACAUAAAAAUUGAGAUUCCUGUGCGAAAAUCGGAUGAAAACGAAGCGCCAAGGUGUGGAAAAUACUACAGGCAUUGAAGAACAACACUCGAAGAAACAGAAACUAGUUGAAAGAUCUUCGAUGUGCCCACCUGAACAUGGAACUGAUAAUGCUCUACUUCCAAGUAGUCCGAUUGAUCAUGAGCUGGCCUUAGUAACGGCCACACGGUUCCAGGCGGUGCCACUUGUAGCUUCACCUACAUACCCAAAUGCGGUAGCAUGGUCCAAUGAGAACUUGGUUGCAGUCGCCUCUGGACACGUGGUUACUAUCUUGAACCCUGCGGACUUGUUUGGACCUAAAGGUUUGAUCAUAAUUCCCACCGGCAAACCUCUUCCAAUUGGAGUUAUAGAAAGAAAAGAUUUGCUCUCUGAUUGUAUGAUGCCUAUUUGUUUGUCCCGUGACUUUCGCCCUUGUGUACGUUCAAUAUCAUGGUCUCCACUUGGAUUGGCUUCUAAUGCUGGGUGUUUACUUGCUGUUUGCACCACUGAAGGAGUGGUCAAGGUUUAUCGCUCCCCAUUUCAUGAAUUUUCUACAGAGUGGGUAGAGGUUAUGGAUUUAUCUGAAAUAUUGCUUACUUAUUUUGCAAAAAUCAGAUAUGGCGAGGCUGAUGUUUCGUCUUCAGAUCAAGGACACAAUGAUGAUUAUCCAGUUGCAAAUUUAGGAACCAGAAGCAAAAACAGAAAACAAAAUAUACAAGAAAACCACAAUCUCUCUUUAAUAGGGGCAGAACAGUAUUCUUCUCGUAGUGCAAUGCUAUCAUCGCUUGUUCUUGCCUGGUCCCCGAUGGUUCAUAGCAACUCAUCAGGGAGCUGCUCUAUACUUGCCAUUGGCGCCAAAAACGGAAGAAUCUCGUUUUGGAGAGUCCAAGAACCGGAAUGCUACUCCAUAACACAGCGAAGCAAGCCACAUGUUGCAUCACUCAUUGGAUUUAUCCAAGCACACAAUUCUUGGAUCACCGCAAUCAGUUGGUCGAAGUUUGUGUCUGAUGGAUCGCCUCAGCUUCUAUUAUCUACAGGAUGUUCUGAUGGGAGUGUAAAAGUAUGGCAGGGAUAUACCAAUGACCUGCUGAAGCCCACCGAAGAUGGUCAUGCUUUGUUUUCAGAGUUGAAGGAGGUUAUAGAUGGUGGGUCAGGUCCCACCUCUGUACUUUCACUUCUUGUUCCAGAUACUUCUCCACACAAGAUAAUGUUAGCUGUUGGCAAAGGUUCUGGAUCUUUGGAAGUAUCGACUUACGACAUGUCCACUGGCGAAUUUGAUGCACUUAGUUCACAUUAUGCACAUGACCAGAUCGUUACAGGCUUGGCUUGGGCUUAUGAUGGACACUGCUUGUACAGUUGUAGCCAGGAUAAUUCUUUGCGUAGCUGGAUCAUAAAAGGGGAUUCCCUUCAUGAAGUACCUUUACCUUCAAAUAUUCUUGGUGAUAGGAUCUCCAUUGAUGUCCCUAACGUGUCCGAUGGAUGCUCAGGCAUAGCAGUAUCCCCUGCCAAUCUUGUGGUUGUUGCGGUUCGAAGCUUUGAUACUAAUCUAUUAAAUCCAAUGUAUCAGGCAAGGUCUCAGAAGGGUGCUGUUGAGUUCUUCUGGAUUGGUGGGCAAAAGCUGGGAAGUUUGCUGCAAAAUGAUCCAGAUGAAAAUUUCCCUGGUUUUCCUAACAUGGAUUUGGUUAAUUGGGGUCGUAAUAUAUUGUGGUCUUUAAAUCAGUAUAAAAGUCUCGAUAAGCCUUUGGUUCUAUGGGAUAUCAUAGCAGCAUUAUCGGCUUUUAAGAAAUCUGAAGUUAGCUAUCUGGAGCGAAUACUGGUUAAAUGGUUGAUCUCGAAUCUUGGAUUUGAGUGGGGCCCUUCUCUUGGAACUGUUUUGCCACAUGUCUGUAGACAUCUCUCCGACUUAACUUCCCGCCAGUUGCAUCUGCUUAACGUCAUUAAUAGGAAUGUCAUACUUCGCGAACCAAAGUUGGAUAAUGUAAACGGUGAAGAGCAGGGAUCUGAUGGGGAAGAACGGAAACUAUGGAGUAAGCUUCUUGAAAUGAGUGAAAAAGAACUUCGAGAAAGGCUCAUUGGUUGUAGCUUUUCUGCCACACUCAACCUUUCAUCUCGUUUGCCUGUAAAAGGGUAUAAUGGUAAUUGGCAGCCAGUUGGAUUGUCACAAAUGCAACGGUGGGUUGCCAAUAACGACCAUAUAGUUAAAGAUUAUGUGAAACUCCUUGCUUCUGAAGUUAAAAAGAUCGAGAAAAGGUAUGUAGCAGAAGAGGAUGAGUGUAGCUACUGUUCAGCGCCAGUUCCAUUUAAGGAUACGGAAGUUGCUUUUUGCCAAGCUGACAAAAUCAAACAAGCAAGGUGUGCAGUUUCUAUGAUCGUGUGCCCUACUUCUCCGACAUGGAUUUGCAUAUCUUGCAACAGACGGGUUUCAAAUUUGGCACCGGAGAGUCUUUUUACGCUGCACAGAUACCCUCCAUCUGUUGACUCGGUGCAAAAUGCUCAAGUUUUGUCGAAACCAUUAUGUCCAUUUUGUGGGAUAUUGCUGCAAAAACAGCUUCCUGUGUAUCUUCUACCAACAUCACCCGUAUAGAUCAAAUGUGGUUCUGAAGGAGGAUGUCAUGGCUCCGUCCUGCACCCAAGUCGACCUGAAGCCGCUUCAACGGUUGUGAGGGGAUCGAUCCAGGUAGUUUUCUUUUAUUUCCUCGAGAGUCGAUUGCUAUUUUUACGGGUCAAGUUUUUUCGUAUUCUUUAGGUCCAAGUAGUUAGUGGUAUAGAAGUAAAUCAGUUGUUUUGAGUUAUUGUCAUUUAUUAGAUUUAUAGUUUACUUGAAAUUAGAAAUUUAAUCAUAUGUAAUUCAAGCCUCGCAUCUUUAAUUUAUGCUAUGGAAUAUCUUUAGAAGAUUCUUU